AUGUACCACGAUAGCCUAACGCCGCCGGUCAGCGGACGACGACCCGGGUGCUCGAUCCCGUUCAUGCUCCUCGUGUGCGCGCCCAUCAUGGCCACCAAGAUGGCGUGGGCGGCGCAGUGGGCGGGCAUCGGGCCGCUCCUGGAGAGCCUCCUCGCGAGCUGGCAAGUGCAGCUCAUCCAGUUCAUCGGGCCGAUCACAGGCAUCCUCGUGGCGCCCGCCGUCGGCGCCCACAGCGAUCGCAACACGUCGCGCUAUGGGCAGCGGCGGCCCUACAUGUUUUUCGGUGCCCUUGCGACCAUUGUGUGCUGGCUGCUCAUGUCGAUGAUCCCAAGCAUUGUCGCGGCUGGCAACCACGCGAGCGAGCGCGAGCAGACGCUCGUCGCAGUCGCCACCGUCGUCUGCUACCUCUGGAUGGACAUUGCGGUCAACGCCGUCCAAGUCGCGUCGUACCUUCUUAUCUCGGACGUCGCCGGCGACCGCCAAGUGAUUGCGUCGUCGAUUGCGACCAUGUACUCGAUCCUCGGCCAGCUCUGCGUCUCGGUCUUCAUUUGGACCCAAGGCCCGGCCACCGGGUACACCAAGUGGUUCUUCACGAUGCUCGUUGUCUUUAUGCUCUGCACGGUCGGGCCCGUCUGCCGCUUUGUGCAAGAGACGCCGCGUGAAAAGUACGAGCUGCCGCCGCCCACGCACCACGUGCUCCUCAGCUUUGUCUACGGCGUCAAGACGCUCCCGAAACAGCUCCUCGUCUUCUUCGCCGCCUUUGUCCUGACCGAAUAUGGCUUCAUCUCGUACACGGGCGUGAAGGGGCAGUUCUUCGGCCUCCAAGUCUUUGAUGGCACCAAGGCGGGUGCUGACAAGUGUGGCGCCAACUGCACGUAUGCGCAGCAACGCUACAACGACGGCGUCGCCCUCGCCGGCGGCCUCACCGACAACCUCUUCAACGUCCUCGGCCUUCUCUUCGUUGGCUGUCUCCCGUACCUCGUCAAACGGUUUGGCGCGCGGACGGUCCUGCUCUACGCGCUCCUCCCGCAGCUCGGCCUCGUGCUGCUCGCGCUCAUCCACGUCGUCUGGGUCGAUGUGAUUCUGGUCGUUGCAACCACCGUGACGCAGCAGACCAUCUACUCGCUCAUCAUUCCGCUGGUUCUCGCGGUCCUCGGGUCAACCGACGAUACAACGCGCCUCGGACUCUACUUUGGCGCGCUCAACACGGCCGUGUGUCUUGGCCAACUGCUCAAUUUCGCCGUGACCGCGCUCGUGCUCAGUGACAAUGGCACCGAUUUCAGCGUCCCGAUCCUUGUCGGCGGUAUCGUCUCGGGCGCCGCCAUGGUCGUCAUCCACAAGCUCUUCCGCGUGCAACUGCAGUCGUGGUAGCUCUCGUUAACUUAAAUAUCUCGCGUAAUUUUAUCCUCAAAAUUCUGUCAACCAA